GGCGGAUUUCCGAUUUUUUAACAAAAAAAUCCGAUUUUUAGAAAUAUUUUUCCGAUUUUUUUCGUCGGUAAAAAAAUCCGGAUUUGUGGUGUCCGUUUUCGUUUUGCAGUUUAUACUUGCCUGAAGUAGAUCGUAGAAACGCUUGGAUCAACGUAGGUAGUCAAAGCAUCAAGUACACACUGAUUUAAAGUGCCCGUAUGUUACAUAUCGACCUUGACAUGAUAAUGUUAUGUUUUAAAAGGACUUAAGGCAAUAUGAGUCACCGGAAAGAUAUAAUAGAACGAGGUAGUGUGAAGGACGUUGAUGUCGGCGUGCGAAACGCAUGGAAAUGGAGUUGGCUAGAAAAAGAAGUUGAAGGCAGUUUGUUGUCAGCGUGCAUCUACAAAAUUGAAGAAGCUGGGAAAGCAUAUUGUCGGCUUUGCUCGAAGGAGAUAAACUAUGCCAGUAGGGGUUACAAGACCAUAGAGGCCCAUGUUAAAUCAGAGAAACAUCGAAAACACAAGGAAGCAAAAAAGAGCAGUUAUUCUUUGGCCGGAUUAUUUUCAUCUGGUGCCAGAUCUAAUGACACACAUGAACCUUAUGGACUACACCCAUCGCUGAACGGAAAAUUGUCAGGCUCAGUCACCAGUCAGUCCAGUGACAUCAAAGAUGCACCCAAGUUGUUAGUGCCAGUCAACGACAGACUUAUAAAUAUGGAAGCGACUAUCCUUGGUUUUCUUACUGAAAAUAAUCUCCCAUUCAGCUUGACAACAGAUUUGAUUGAUCUGACAAAAAAACUAUCAAAAGAUACCAAGGCUCUUAGUGAACUACAGAUGAACAGAACAACAGCUUCAUAUAAAAUGACCUUUGGAUUAGGAAAGACAUUAAUGAUGAACUUGACGGAAAUUUUAAGAAUUUCAAAGUUUUCACUAAACAUCGAUGAGGCCACUAGUGAUAACUUUCACAGGGUGUUGGCUGUUCUAGUUUCUUAUUUCUGUCCAACAAAGAAAGAAAUUGUUGUUAAUCAUUUAGCAUCCUUAAGUGUAAUAAAAGUUGACUGCCACUCUUUAUAA